AUGACAACAACACACCCCCAAGAUGCCCUCCACGCUGAGUCGCUGUCCUCUCCAGCGUCCUUCUGGGCCCCCUAUGCCGCCUCCCUAACAUGGGAAACUCCUCCUUCGACUACUCUUAUAACCAAGCCAGACGGCAGUUGGCAAUGGUUCCCAAAUGGCCGCCUCAGCUGCUGUUACAAUGCCAUUGACCGUCACGUAUCUGCCGGUCAUGGCGCCAACACAGCUAUCAUCUACGACUCUCCCGUAACUUCUACCCUUCAAAAGAUAAGCUACUCCCAACUCCUCACGGACGUCCAGCUCUUCGCCGGAGCUCUUACAUCAUUGGGGUUGCAAAAGGGUGAUCUGGCAUUAAUUUACAUGCCCAUGAUUCCCGCCUCCCUAGUCGCAAUCUUGGCGUGUAACCGUAUUGGGGUUAUUCACAACGUUGUAUUCGGAGGCUUCAGCGCACCAGAAUGCGCCAAAAGAAUUGAUGCUUCGAAGCCGAAGGUCAUUCUUACUGCCAGCUGUGGAGUUGAGGGUACCAAAGGUGUGGUGGAGUACAAACCCCUCAUCGAAGCAGCUGUUCAAACCGCGGUAAACAAACCCGAGAAGGUUGUAUAUUUCAACCGAAAGCAGUGUAACAUUACCACCGACCAGAGCAAAGGCGAGUAUGAUUGGAACACCUUGGUCGAAACGCAAAGGAAAAAAAGAGUUUUCACAAAAUGCGUUCCGAUGGAUAGUUCGGAUCCUCAUUAUACGAUCUAUACCUCUGGAACUACCGGUAGUCCGAAGGGUAUUGUUCGUGAAACCGGUGGACAUGCUGUCGGGCUCGCGUUCUACAUUAAUAAAAUGUUCGGGAUUAAAGGCCCCGGGGACGUUAUCUUCACCGCAUCGGAUAUCGGAUGGGUUGUCGGACAUUCAUAUAUUGUGUACGCGCCCCUGAUUGCCGGUGCAACUACCGUACUGUUUGAGGGGAAACCGAUCGGUACUCCCGACGCUGGGACAUUCUGGAGGGUGGUGGCGCAACAUAAGGUCAAUGUUAUGUUCACAGCUCCGACCGCGUUAAGGGCAAUAAAACGCGUCGAUCCAGAUCUUGAAGAGAUGGAUAAAUAUAAUUUAAAAUCUCUUCGGAUGUUGUUUUUGGCAGGAGAAAGAAGUGAGCCGCAGAUUGUUAGUCUAUUCCAAGAACAUCUAGCAAAACGAGGUGCGCCAGACUGCAAUGUUAUUGACCACUGGUGGUCAACGGAGUCUGGAUCUCCGAUAUCAGGGCUUUUAACCAAUGUACCCGAUGAAAAUGGGACGAUCGCAAAAAUACUUCCGGUUAAGCCGGGUAGCGCGGGGAAGCCACUUCCAGGAUGGGACGUCAGAAUCGUAGACGAUGACGGAAAAGAGGUUAGUGCCGGGGUUAUGGGGAAUAUUGUUAUCAAGACUCCCUUAGGGCCAACAGGUUUCAGAAACCUAUGGGGCGACGAAGGUGGAAAGAGAUUUGAUUCUUCUUACAUGAAGAGGUUCGAUCGGAAGUUCUUAGACACCGGGGAUGCCGGAAUGAUCAAUCCAGAUGGCUAUAUUCACGUCAUGUCCCGUACCGACGAUAUCCUCAAUGUCGCCGGUCACCGUCUUUCCACCAGUAGUAUCGAACAAGCCGCUAUCUCCCACGACGACGUAGCAGAAUGCGCAGUCGUCGGAAUCCCCGACGACCUAAAGGGGCACCUUCCAUUCGCAUUUAUUACACUUUCAACCCAUCACCACCACCACGCUAUCAAAGUGGACGAUGAUACUCUUUUCAAAGAGAUCAAUGCGUUGGUCAGGCAGAAUAUCGGUGGUAUUGCCACAUUAGGCGGCAUGAUCUGCGGUAGCGGCAUCAUUCCAAAGACUCGAAGUGGUAAAACUCUUCGAAGAGUGCUCAGAGAAUUGGUGGAGAAUGGAAGUAAAGGUAUCGAUAAAGCUGUCGCUGUGCCAGCCACUGUGGAAGAUGCCAAGGUUGUAGACGAGGCGAGAAAAGUUGUAAGGGCUUACUUUGAAGAAAGGAAACGAAGUGGGAAGAAAGGCGUGGUUAUUCGUGCGAAGUUGUGA